AUGGCCGUUUUCGUAAUUUUGGCGGUUUGCUCUUUUAUUCUAAUAUACGUGUGGUUUCAAUUCAAGUUCACGUACUGGUCUAGAAAGGGUGUUUUCGGCCCCAAACCCAUCUUUCCUUACGGCAACAUAAAAGAUGUUAUCACGAGGAAGUCUCAGUUCUUCCAGCCGUACUGCGAUAUUUACUUUAAAUACAAGCAUUUGCCGUACGUCGGCAUGUAUUGCUUCCACCGGCCGGUGCUGUGCGUUAAUGAUUUAGAGUUGGCCAAGCACAUUCUCGUCAGAGACUUCGACCAUUUUCAAUCCAGAGGGACAUAUUCUGGAGGAGAGGGUGACAGAUUGGCGGGAAAUCUGUUCAACAUUCAUGGUACAGUGUGGAAGAAAUUACGACUGAAGAUGUCGCCAUCCUUUACUUCCGGAAAGUUGAAAAUUAUUUAUCCCAUCAUGGUAAAGAUAGCGAACGAUGCCCUCACGUACGCGGAUAUGUUGCACAGGAAUGGUGAAUCGGUAAAUUUUUCCGAGCUAUAUGGCAGAUACGCGAUGGAGAUAAUCGCCAAUAUUGGAUUUGGCGUUGAAUGCAAUGGGUUCAAUUAUGCCAAAUCCGAGUUCUAUGACAGAGGACGUGAAUAUUUCGAUCCGCGAACAUUGUAUUGGACUAUUAUAAGAGGAUUUGCUUUUAUAGCACCGGACACCUUUGAGAAAUUGAAGUUAAAACGCAUAAGCUCCCGUAUAGAGAAUUUCUUCUAUAGCCUGGUGAAGCACACUGUGGAACACAGAAAAAAAUAUUCCUACAAGAGGAACGACUUUCUCCAGACACUAAUCGAAUUGAUGGAAGAGCAAGACAAAAAAGGAGUUACAAAUCGAAUCGAGUUUCCGUUCACCAUGGACGACCUGGCUGCCAACACGAUGUUGUAUAUGAUAGCGGGAUAUGAAACAUCAGCAACUACUGGUCAAUUCGCGGCAUAUCAGUUAGCCCGAAACCCUCACAUACAAAACAAGGCGAGAGAGGAAAUUUUAAGGGUUCUGGAUAAAUACGGAGGGCAGUACUCUUAUGAGGCUCAGAACGAAAUGGUUUACAUGAAUAUGGUCCUCGAGGAAACAAUGAGGAUGUACCCAUCGAUGCGGGCGAUAUUCAGGAGAUGCACCAAGGACUACCAGAUGCCGGGGAGCGACUUGGUCGUGGAGGAGGGAACACUGGUGUUCGUGCCGUGCCAAGCGUUCCAAAUGGACCCUGAGAUAUUCCCAGAGCCGGAGCAGUUCGAUCCGGAACGGUUCACGCCAGAGAACAAGGCGAAACUACACCCGUGCCACUGGAUGCCGUUCGGCGAGGGUCCCAGGAAAUGUUUAGGUGUCCGGCAGGGGUACAUCCAAUCCAAAUUGGCGCUCGUGAAAAUUCUCCAAAAGUAUGAAUUGCAGCUAGACCAGAGGACCCUGGUCCCCAUGAGAAUAAAGACCACGAGUUUGGUGCCCCAGGCCGAAGGGGACGUAUGGAUUAAGUUAAGAAGGCUAGAUGAAGUCAAAACGGAGGCGUAG